AUGGGCUUGCCGGCUGCUGUUCCGUUGAAGCACGUUUCACUCGAUCAAGAGGAGAAGAAGGAGAUUGCUUCGCGGAAGCUGAUCGGGGAUGCCCCAACCGGUAGUGGCAUUUCAAUACCAAAAGGGUUUGGCAACAUUCAGGUGGAGCAGAAACGCGCGGAAAUCGCCACGGAAGCGCCGGGGGUCAAAAUUGAGCGCGAGGCAUCGAUUGCCCCGCAAGAUAGUGACAGAGAUAUUCCGGAUCCAGGUCUCGAUGACCGUAAUAUUGACGCGGAGGUAUCGGUCGAGGUCGAUCAGAACGCGCGCGUGCUCAGAAAGGUUGACCCAAAGUAUCCUGAAGCCGGGCGUCGCGCUCAGCGGGAAGGUGUUGUUGAUCUUGAGUGUACUGUUGGCGUGGACGGAAGAGCAGCGGACAUUAAGGUGAUAAAGGAAGAACCGAAAGGGUUCAGCUUCGGCGAGGCGGCGAUUGAAGCGCUGAAAAGAUGGCGCUUCACUCCCGCCAAGAAAGGUGGCGAAUCAGUACCCCAGCGGGUAAAACUUCCAAUUCGGUUUACCUUGGAUGAUGACUAG